AUGCAGGCUGACUUGCCGAACCGUCUGCAGGUAGUUGUGCGGGUGCGCCCAGAAUUAAAUGCGGAGGGCGGCGAGGCGCAAUCGGCGACGACUGUCCUGGGCGACAAGAGCGUCCAAGUGGCGCUGCCCAGGGACCGGAACCUCAAGGCAGCCGUUGCGGAGCAGGCGAACGCCAAGGUCUUCUCGUUCGAUGCAUGCCUUGGCCCGUGCGCGCAAGCCGACGUGGCCGAGGCGUGCAAGCUCCGGAGGCUCGUGGAGGAGGCCGUGAAGGGCUACGCGGUCACGAUUUUCGCGUACGGCCAGACGGGCAGCGGCAAGACACACACCAUUGUGGGGCCUCGCUUCUACCAACCGGAAGAGGAUGAUGGGUUGCAAGCCGAGGUUGGGCAGUCAGACGGCCUGCUGUCCCAGGCGUACGCCCUGGCGUUCGAGGCCGCGAACAACGCACCCUCCGAGAGUUCCGCGGAGCUCAGCCUGUCGUGUUUCGAGAUAUACAACGAACAGAUCACGGACAUGCUGGUGCCGCAGCCCACGGGGCCGCUGCACGUGCGGCAUGACAAGUACCGCGGAUUCUACGUCGAGGACUUGGAGGAGCGCGGCGUGGCCAGCGUUGAGGACGCGCUGACGCUGAUGCAAGGCGCGCUGCUGCGACGACACAGCCGCGCACACAAGAUGAACUUGCAUUCGUCUCGAAGUCACUGCGUCAUGACGCUCAACAUCAAGACCGAGCAGAUGGAAGAUCAAGAAGGCGGAGAGUCGGCACCUUCUGCAAGGUUUGGCAAGCUCGUCCUGGUGGACCUGGCAGGCAGCGAGCGCCUUUCGCAGACACAGCAGACGCAGAUCGAUGGGAUCAGAGAAGCGGGCUCAAUCAACAAGAGCUUGUUCGCACUCAACAACGUGCUCACGGCCCUUGCGCGUCCAUCGGGGAAGAACUUCGUGCCGUACAGAGACUCUACGCUGACGAAGCUUUUGUACGAUUCGAUCAAGGGCGACGGACGAACGCUCAUGGUGGCCUGCUGCGCUCCGGAGUCGAACUAUGCCGACGAGACGCUGCACACGCUCAGCUUCGCAAGCACCGCGCUCCGGCUCAAGUGCGAGCCGGUGAUCCGGCGCGAUCCCCACGACCAGCUCGUGAUCGAUCUGCGGCAGAAGAUCGCCGCGUUGAAGGACGAGAACAAGAUGCUGGCCGCGGCUCUCAACUCGGCCACCAAGCGUGGGGACUUCGGCGGGGACGCCGGCUCCAUCUCCUCCCGAUGGUCCUACGCGGCGACGCCCGAGAAGAAGAGCGACACGGCGCAGAUGUACGCCCCAGCGGGGGCUUCGGGCGACAACAGGCGGCCACAGCGCACCCCGUCGCAGCUCCGCCAGCACAACAUCCAGAAACUCAAGACGCGCCGCAUGCAGGCCGCGAAGGAAUCGAAUCGUCGCAUAGGUCUCCAGGCGCACGUCCAGGGCUUCCCAGCGGCGCCACCGCGCCCCGACCCGGCAGCAAGUACGAUGGACUUCCCUGAGCUCGCGGCCCUCGAGCAGCAGUUCCAGAGCGCGAUGCAGGCGCGACAGGCACCUGCCGCGGACGACAGCCAGACGACGGUGAGCAACCCGCCGCCAUCGGAACACGAGCAUCCCGACAACGCGGCGUCGGCGGCCGGCUCGGAGGCGACGGAGCCGCGCCAGGCGGAGCCCAGGGCUGUCGUGUGGGCAGAGGACAACCCGUGGUUUGGGUCCGACAUGGAGAUGACCACAGUGGCGUACGGGAUCCACGACACGCUCGUCGAGCAGGAGGGCUACGACCCCGACUCGCCGAGCUACUACGCGGAAAUCACGCGGAGGGUCGCGCAGAAGUUCCCGACACGCAUGGAACAAUGGCGGCAGCAGGGGCGGGCGCAGGCGGCUGGGAAGCCCGUGGGAACGGAGCCGGCGGCGCGGGUGGCAUCGCCGGACCGCGCGCGGCUGACUGCGCGGAAGCCGCUGCUGCGGGGCGGUGCGGGGGGGUACACGUUGCGAAGAGAGCAGAUACUGCGGGAGUUGGAGCGGGCGAAGGAGGUGGCGGAGGCGGAGCGGAGCAAGCUGCUGCGGAUGAGCAUGAAGUUGCAAGGGGACUCGCGGCGGUCGGAUGUGUGGCAGCGAGCGUGA